AUCCAGACGUCUCGGGCCCUGAUGGUGGUCUCCAUCCUCCUGGGCUUCGUGGGGACGAUUGUCAGCGUGGUUGGCAUGAAGUGUACGAAAGUGGCGGACCAGAACCCCGUGGCCAAAAGCUGGAUCGCGGUUUUAGGAGGCAUCCUUUUCCUGCUGGCCGGGCUGUGCACAGCCGGGGCCGUUUCGUGGUACGCAUCCCGGGUGACCCACGACUUUUUCAACCCCAGCACCCCCUUGAAUGCCAAGUACGAAUUUGGACCGGCUCUCUUUGUGGGCUGGUCGGCGGCCAGUUUGCUGAUCCUGGGGGGCAGCUUCCUGGCCUGUUCCUGCCCCAAACCGGAAGACAGGAGGGGGCAGCAAUAUUACCGACAAUCACAACCUCCGACAACCGCCACGAGAGAACUCCCCGUCAAAAGGGAUAAUCACCAAUGUGUAUAGACACCUUCCGACAUGGGAAGCCCAGAGCAGGCUUGAAAUAAUUUUGUUGUUUUUUUUUAAAUGAUAAGAAUAAUGAUAAUAAUAGUCCAGUUUUCCAACAUUCAGGCCGUCUCGUUUUGGGAAAGCGAAAGGAAGAAAAGAAAACGCCCCGUUUUGGUAGAAUUAAAGCCGCUUUUUAACAUUCUUAUUGUUGUUAUUAUUGGUAUUUUUUUGGCGCCUGGUU